GUAAGUGGGAUGCUGUCUUACGCUUUUCAAGUUGCUAUGAGUCUUAUUCAAAAUCGUGGUUUUCGAAAUACAGUACUACGAUGUUUAGUUCGCCUAUAUAAAAAUCUGAAUACCCCAGAUUAUGUGAGCAUGUGCCAAUGCCUAAUAUUUUUAGAUGACGCUUUAGCUGUUUCAGAGCUUUUAGAUAAGCUCAGUAAAGGUUCUGAAGAUUGCGUUUUGAUGGCGUACCAAAUAGCUUUUGAUCUCUACGAAUCUGCUACACAGCAAUUUUUAGGCCGCGUUUUACAAGCAUUGCGGGCAACAGCUCCUAUACCAGGAGCAUUACUUGUAAAAGCUAUUACGAAGCACAUUCCUGUUCACGAAGAAGAGAGGGCAACACUUAUUAUAAAGGAUGACAACUCAACAAAUGGUAUAGACGAUAAAAUGCAGAGAAGUGUUGAAAAUUUGAAUUCUGAAGAAAAAGAACAACAGAAAAGAAUUGAUGCGUUGUCAAAGAUCUUGGGAGGUGAAAUAACCAUUGAUUUGCAUUUACAAUUUCUGAUCAGGAGUAAUCAUACUGAUAUGCUUAUCUUAAAAAAUACGAAAGAUGCUAUAAGAGUAUCUAUUUGCCACACUGCAACUGUUAUUGCUAAUGCGUUUAUGCAUUCAGGCACAACGAGUGAUCAGUUUUUGAGGGAUAAUUUAGAAUGGCUUGCUCGAGCAACUAACUGGGCUAAACUGACAGCUACUGCGUCGUUAGGUGUCAUUCACCGUGGCCAUGAACAAGAAGCCUUAGCUUUAAUGCAAUCGUAUUUGCCGAAAGAUACAGGAUCUGGAGCAGGUUAUUCAGAAGGUGGUGGUUUAUAUGCCUUAGGACUUAUUCAUGCAAAUCACGGGGCAUCUAUUACAGAUUAUUUAUUAGGCCAGUUGAAAGAUGCACAGAAUGAGAUGGUAAGACAUGGGGGAUGCCUUGGAUUAGGUUUGGCAGCAAUGGGAUCACAUAGACAAGACGUAUACGAACAAUUAAAAUUCAAUCUUUAUCAAGACGAUGCUGUAACAGGUGAAGCAGCUGGUAUUGCUAUGGGUAUGGUGAUGUUGGGAUCAAAAUCAACUCAAGCUAUUGAAGAUAUGGUUGCAUAUGCACAAGAAACACAACAUGAAAAAAUUCUGCGUGGAUUAGCUAUAGGAAUUGCAUUUACAAUGUAUGGACGUCUAGAAGAAGCAGAUCCAUUAGUCACUUCACUCUGUGCUGACAAAGAUCCAAUAUUAAGGAGAAGUGGAAUGUAUACUUUAGCUAUGGCCUACUGUGGCACUGGUAAUAAUCAAGCCAUUCGGAAACUAUUGCAUGUGGCUGUGUCAGAUGUCAAUGAUGACGUUCGUCGUGCAGCAGUAACAGGCCUUGGAUUUUUGCUUUUCAGAUCUCCAGAGCAGUGCCCCAGUGUAGUUUCUCUUCUUGCUGAAAGCUAUAAUCCGCACGUUCGGUAUGGUGCUGCUAUGGCUCUUGGUAUAGCUUGUGCAGGGACUGGCUUAAAAGAAGCAAUAAAUUUACUUGAUCCCAUGACAAAUGAUCCUGUUAAUUUCGUACGUCAAGGAGCAUUGAUUGCUUCCUCGUUAAUUUUAAUUCAACAAACAGAAGCUACUUGUAAUAGAGUAAAAGAUUUUCGAUCAUUGUAUGCAAAAGUAAUAAUUGAUAAACACGAAGAUCACAUGGCUAAGUUUGGAGCUAUCUUAGCUCAAGGAAUAAUCGAUGCAGGUGGAAGAAAUGUUACAAUUUCGUUACAGUCGCGCACUGGCCAUACAAAUAUGCUGGCUGUUGUAGGAUCUUUGGUAUUUACCCAGUAUUGGUAUUGGUAUCCAUUGGCUCACUGCUUGGCUUUAGCAUUUACGCCUACCUGUAUAAUUGCUCUUAAUACACAUCUUAAAAUGCCGAAGCUUGAAUUAAAAUCCAGUGCUAAACCUAGUACAUAUGCUUAUCCAGCACCCCUUGAAGAGAAAAAACGUGAAGAACGCGAAAAAGUAACUACGGCUGUCCUUAGUAUUGCAGCAAGAGCUAGACGACGUGAAUCAGAACGACGGGCUCGUGAUUCACAUGAAAAAAUGGAAGUGGACCCACCUAGUACUCCAGAAGUUAAAGAAAGUUUUGAGCUCAAGGAUGAUAAAAAAAUUAAAGAGAACAUUGAUAAGGAUAAGGAUGUUAAAGAUAAAAAAAAAGAAAAUGGUUCUGAUAAAUCUGAGAAGGAGAAAGAAAAAAAAGAUCAAGAAAAUACCUAUGAAAUUCUUUGGAAUCCAGCUAGAGUAUUACGUCAACAGUUAAAGUUUAUCCAACUAGUUGAGGAAAGUCACUACAUUUCUGUCAAAGAUUUACAAAUUGGAGGUAUUGUUAUGGUGAAACGUCUUCAAGAUGACAUGGAAGAAGAAUUAGUAGAACCUGUAGUCGCAUUUGGACCUAAGCCUGAAGAAGAAAAUGAAGCGGAACCACCACAACCCUUUGAGUUUAAUGAAGAUUAGCUUAAAAAAAAAAAACAGUCUCAUUCAAAUGUAUGUCUUUGUAAAUUUUGUGUAUUUAAAGUAUAGCAUGCUCCAUGUCUAACAAUGUUCUUACAAGCCUUGAUAACAUCCUAUUCAUUUUUUUUUACUUUUAAUUUUAAAAAGUUUGAUAGCUAGUGUCACGUUAUUGUCUCUUUUAAUAAUGUAUUCAAUACUACGUAAAAAGCCUUCAUGAAUAUUAUUGAAACAAACAAAUAACAUAGACCACAUUCAAAUAAUGCUUGAUAAUGCAGUCUGUAAUGGCAUACUCUCAUUUUUAUGAGAUUAUCAAAUUGAAUUUUUGUUUCGGGUCACGUUCUAUUGUUAAGAAUUGAAUAAAUAAUCUUGAAAAAUA